AUGAGUGAGCAUGACAGGCUCGAGUCGCGCAUGUCGUCCAUGUCGCUGCAUGGAUCGACGACUGACAAGAGCAAGAGUGCGACAGCACUUCUGAACACGACAUGGAUGACGUCGCAGCACCGGAAAGCCGCUCCCCACCCGUUUCAACCCCGUCCCCUCAAAGUCAAGGCCGAGCAGCCCACAUACCCACGCGCUCCUCUCACUGCGAAGCAUGCGCAAGAUACCGUACCAUCCGUGCGCACAUCUUCUGUGUCGCGCAUGCCAGAAUCAGCCGUGGGAUCGUCGAGGCCCGGACCCGAGUCUGCGAGGCUGGAUCUGGGACGCUAUGAUGGCGGACUUGAGCGUGACGAGAAGAAGGGUCGUCGGAACACAUCGACUGAAGCACAGUUGCUGGCGAUGGACUCAUCUAUGGAGGGUCUGCACCACCAACCGACGCGGCCAUGGGGUCUGCCUGACUUUGAGAUCGGGCGUCCGCUGGGCAAGGGCAAGUUUGGGCGCGUGUAUUUGGCGCGGACCAAAUCCGUAACGUCGGCGCGUCUGGGCAAUCAGGGCUAUGUAGUGGCCCUCAAGUGUGUAUACAAAAAGGAACUCAUGGAAAACAAGGUGGAUCUGCAGCUGCGCCGAGAGAUUGAGAUCCAGAUGAAUUUGCGGCACCCCAAUGUGCUGCGCAUGUAUGGCUACUUCCACGACCGUGGCCGUAUUUUCAUGAUGCUGGAGUUUGCUGGGCGCGGCGAGCUGUUCAAGAUCCUGUCCAAGCUGCCGGAGCGGCGCUUUGACGAGAGCACAGCGGCCAAGUACAUUGCCCAGAUUGCCGAUGCACUGCAGUACCUGCACUCAAAGCACAUCAUUCACCGUGAUAUCAAGCCCGAGAAUCUGCUUGUCGGCAUACGUGGUGAGGUCAAGAUUGCGGAUUUUGGAUGGAGUGUGCAUGCACCUGGCAACCGCCGUGCUACACUGUGCGGCACGCUGGACUAUCUGCCGCCUGAAAUGGUCGAAGGCAAGCCACACGGUGGGGCCGUGGACCUGUGGGCGAUGGGUGUGCUGACGUAUGAGUUUUUGGAGGGCGUGCCACCGUUUGAGGAGCUGAGUGGAGCUAGCAUGACGUACAAGCGCAUUGCGGCGGUGGACCUGCAUAUGCCCGAGCAUUUUAGCCCUGACGCCAAGGACCUGAUCCGCUCGCUGCUGCGCUACAACCCCGCCGACCGCCUACCGCUCUCCAAGGUGCUUCGGCACCCCUGGAUCAUGCGGCACGAUCCCCAGGCAUCCGUUCGUGCCGGUCGGUAUGUACGUGCGAAUUAA